AGUCGCCCUGUUUCGCCCAAGCUCAUCUCGCGAGGGCGUCAGCUCACCACCUGCAGCCGAGCAAGGCCGGGCGCACGAUGGGCGGCCUCUUGGACCCGAAGACGCGUCUGCUGUGCAAGCAGAAGAUCGCGGAGCUGGAGCAGAAGCUCGAGGAGAUCGAGGCGCUGAAGGCCGUGGAGCCGAAGCUGCGGCGGGAGCUGCACGCGCAGAGGGAGAAGCUGGCGCAGUGCGCCUCGGACGACGAGGACGAGGGCGCGGAGGAGCUGCCCGAGCAGUCCGAGGAGCCGGCGGGCCCGGAUCCCCAGAAGCGCCCGAAGGCGCUCAACAAGAAGCUCAAGCAGAUCGCCGAGCUGAAGGCGAAGGGCGGAGACCUGGACCCGGCGGCUGCCGCCAAGGUUGCCUCGGAGGCAAAGAUCCUGAGGGAGAUCGAUGCCAUCAAGGCGGGCAAGCCCUUACGACGAGGCCGACGAGGCCGAGGUGGAAGCCGAGGAGGCUGCGAGGGCGCCCGAGAGAGUCGAUCUUCCGGCGGAUGCAGCUGAGCGCGAGAAGCGGCUCAAGGCGCUCAACAAGAAGCUGCAGCAAAUCGCGGAUCUCAGGAAGAAGGAGGCGGAGCUCGACGACGAGGCAAAGGCGAAAGUGGCAUCCAAGUGGCGCGUGAAGCAGGAGAUCGCCGCUCUCGAGAGUGGCGCCGCGGAGGCGGUCUUCACGGGCCCGACCGAGGAGGACCAGAUCGAGGAUGCGACGAUCCAGAAGGUUGAGCUGGAGAAGAAGCUCAAGGCAGUGCGCAAGAAGCUGACGCAGAUAGAUGCUCUGAAGAGCAAGGGCGGCGAGCUCGAUACCGACGCCCGGGCGAAGGUGGACUCCGAGGGUGCCCUCAAGAAAGAUCUUGGCGCACUGGAGCGCCAGCUGGGCGCCCUGAACCGGGCGGAGCGCGAGCGCGUGGCAAAGCGGCUCGGCUGGGAGGGGACGUGCCCCGACGCCAAGCAGAAGCCAGGCAGCUCCAAGAAAUAGUCUUCCGGACCAUCACGCGGGGAUGGAGUGCAAUAGCAGAUCGCGUGCAGCGGUUGGCGCUCGCCGCCAACAUCAGUUACGUGCGUCUGGCUGCCAUCUAACUGCCAGUCAUAAGUAUUGGCCCAUGAUUGUAUCCCUUUGCGUAGGUUCGUCCGUUGCAAUACAACGCAUGGCGGCCUAAGUAGUUUAAUGCAUAUGAACCUCGAUCGGUUUGAACAUUUGCAUCGACACGGUAUCGCAGUGCAGCUGCUUGUCUGAGAUGCCCCUUCGGAGAAAUAGCCAUAGCUGACUUCAAAUGUCCCACAUCCUUCCUGAGUGGCGAAAGGUGCCACUUGAAUGGGUUGGUUUUGCAGGUAUUGUUAUGGACGUGUGACUUGGAUGAGCUUGCUUGGUGGCCAGGCAGUGUCUGGAUUUAGUUGACCUGGAUGCCAGUCCUUCCAGGCUGGAUUUGGUUCCUGCUAGCCACAAGAUGGCUUAGACCUGCUACCUCCCAGUCAUAUGCACUUAGUUUGGCCUUGCCCCAUUCAGUGGUAUCAGCAGUAUUGAAUAGCAUGAGAGUCGGUAGUAGCAGCAUGUUGGCGAUUCUGCCACCCAAACGGACGGAAAGCGUG